UGUCCUUCGUCAAUUAAUUUUAACCUCAAUUCGUUCAAAAAUUUAAAAAAUAAAUAAAAUGACUUAAGCCGCAUUAAACUGUAAAUAAAAGAACGCAUAAAGUACGAAUUCGUGUACGUCAUGUUGCAGUUGCAAGAAAAAAGGUUGCGAAAAUUCCUGGAAAUGAAGUAUGCAACUUGUGUCCACAUCAAAGGAAGCAGCGGAAAUUAAAAUUUGCAUGUGAAAUGAAUUCGCUGCCUUAGCAGAAAAAUAAAAUAAAUAAACCAAAAAAGUAUAAAAAAUAAACCCAAAACUACAUAAAAUCGCCACAGAAAAAUAUUGCUUUAAAAAAAUCAGAUAAAAGUCAAAAGAUAAAGUUCAGUGUAUUUUAAGAUAGAAAGGAUAUUCGCAAAUGUUUGUGGAAAAAAAGCGAGAAAUUACCGCACAUCGCCGCUUGCAACGUGUGAAUUGUCAAUAGUUGUUAGCAUUGCAGUUAGCAUUGCAGGCGAUUUUGUACAUAGAGCAGUGUUUGUGUGCAACUCUGCGUAUGUCUGUCUGCAUUUGUGUAUUUAGCCUGCAACACACUCUUCCUGCCUGCAGUACAACAAACACGUACUGCAAACUUAACGCAACUUAACCCACCCAAACGUAGUGUGUGUGCAACUGAGUGUGUGCGCGCCUAAACGUAUGCAGUAACGUAGUUGCAUAUUUUUAUUGCACAACUCUGCGUCCUAACAUUGCAGACGCUGUCGCUGCUGCUGUUGCUGUCACUGUCGCUGCCACUGUUGCUGCCACUGUCGCUUCCAUUGCCGUUGCCGUUGCCGUUGCCGUUGCCAUUGCAGCUCCUGUGCUUCGUUUCAGUAACAUGCCGUACUCUUCGGGAUUUAUAGCUUAUUCAGCAAUCGUUUUGCUUUGUAGUUCCGGGAUUAAGGCGAGUUGGGAAGAAUGGUGGACAUAUGAUGGCAUAUCCGGACCUAGCUUUUGGGGCCUUAUAAAUCCACAAUGGAACAUGUGCAACAAAGGACGUCGUCAGUCACCAAUAGACGUUGUGCCAGAUAAAUUGUUAUUUGAUCCCUAUUUGCGACCGUUGCACAUUGAUAAGCACAAGGUUUCCGGUACACUAUACAAUACAGGUCAAUCACUCGUCUUCCGUGUCGACAAAGACACAAAGCAACACGUAAAUAUAUCUGGCGGUCCACUCGCGUAUCGUUAUCAGUUCGAAGAAAUUUACAUACACUACGGCACUGAUAACAGUCGAGGCUCGGAACAUUUUAUACAGGGUUACAGUUUUCCGGGUGAAAUACAAAUCUAUGGUUUUAAUAAGGAACUGUAUCAUAAUAUGUCAGAGGCGCAACAUAAGUCGCAAGGCAUUGUAGGACUGUCUUUGAUGGUACAAAUUGGCGAAACGCCAAAUCCCGAGUUACGCAUCAUCACCAGCACAUUUAAUAAAGUUCUGUACAGAGGUUUUUCAACACCGAUUAGGCACAUAUCAGUGCGUUCAUUGUUGCCAAACACGGAUCACUACAUCACAUACGAAGGCUCAACUACACAUCCUGGCUGCUGGGAGAGCACCGUUUGGAUUAUAGUUAAUAAACCUAUUUAUAUCACUAAACAAGAGUUAUAUCAACUCAGACGACUGAUGCAAGGUUCAGAGACUUCACCGAAAGCUCCAUUAGGCAAUAAUGCGCGUCCUCUACAAGGACUUCAUCAUAGAACAGUAAGAACUAAUAUAGACUUUAAGAGAAACAAGAAUCAAAACUCAUGCCCUUCCAUGUACAAGGAUAUGUAUUACCGAGCGAAUCGCUGGUCACCGGAUACAGGACUUCUAAUUCGUUGACCGCACUAUCUUCACAAAGAAAUGCCGAGACGGAUCCGCAGCAGUAGCAGCUACCAAAGUAGCCACGAAAGCAACAACGAUCAUAAAAACUAUAACAAAUUUAAAUUAUUACUAUUAUUACUAUUAAAUAUAGUA